UCUUACGUCGUUGCCGAUUCACAAAACCGAAAUCCGGCCACGCAAAACGAUCCCGUUUUCGGUUCAAUCGCAGUAGCGCUCGUGCCUCUGGCGAUGCGGAUCGGUCGGGCUGCUUCACUGAGGGUGUUUGGCUCUUUUUCUUUUUGAAACCCAUGUGUGUGUGAAAAGGUCGGAGUGUGUGUGUGUUUUGGAGCCGCAGUGUGUGUGUGUGUGUGUGUGUGUGUGUGUGUCGCUUCCCCUCAUGACCUCCUAACAGCGACCGGGAUUUAACGCAGAUUUUUUAUUAUCAGAUUUUUAUCUCAUCUGUUAAAACUGUCCACGGAAACAAAGCCGUCUUUAAUGAGAGCCAGUGCGUGUCUUUGAUUUGAGGAGAAACCGUGUAGUCGUUAAGGCCUUCCAAUGGGGGCAACUAAAAGCAAGCCAAAAGACCCAGGCCAGAGGUCUCUGAGUCUGGAUGGUACCAUUGGAAUGGGCUCCGCCAGUGGACACCAUUUCAGUUCUGGCCCUCAGACCCAGACGCCAAAUCGGAGCCCCGCAGUGGGGACCAGCAGGCGGAGCAACACUUACCAUACCAACAGUGCAGAACAUCAACUUUUCGGUGGCGCGGAUCAUACGGCGAGCAUCACGUCACCCAUACGAGCUGGUGUCACCACGUUUGUCGCGCUAUACGACUACGAAUCGCGGACGUCUGCUGAUCUGACGUUUAAGAAGGGCGAGCGGCUGCAGAUCCUCAAUAACACGAGAAAGUACAACUACAGGGAAGGUGACUGGUGGUUAGCGAGCUCUCUGACCACGGGGAAGAGCGGCUACAUCCCGAGCAACUACGUGGCACCGUCCGACUCCAUCCAAGCCGAAGAGUGGUUCUUCGGUAAAAUAACACGGCGUGAUUCAGAGCGUCUGCUGCUGAACAUCCAGAACAGGAGAGGAACCUUCCUCGUGAGGGAAAGUGAGACGACUAAAGGAGCGUACUGUCUCUCUGUGCUGGACUACGAUAACACCAAGGGUCUGAAUGUCAAGCACUACAAAAUCCGCAAGCUGGACAGUGGAGGCUUCUACAUCACGUCCAGGACGCAGUUCAGCAGCCUGCAGCAGCUUGUCCUGCACUACCGCACUCACGCAGACGGAUUGUGUCACGUCCUGACGGACAUCUGCCCCAUGCUGAAGCCUCAGACUCAGGGCCUAGCACGAGACGCCUGGGAAAUCCCGCGCGAGUCUCUGCGGCUCGACUUGAAACUGGGGCAGGGCUGCUUCGGGGAGGUGUGGAUGGGUACGUGGAACGGCACCACGCGAGUGGCGAUAAAGACGCUGAAGCCGGGCACCAUGUCCCCCGAGGCGUUCCUGGAGGAAGCUCAGGUCAUGAAGAAACUGCGGCAUGAGAAGCUGGUGCAGCUCUACGCUGUGGUUUCCGAGGAACCCAUCUACAUCGUUACAGAGUACAUGAGCCAAGGAAGCCUGCUAGAUUUCCUAAAAGGCGAGAAAGGAAAAUAUUUACGACUUCCACAGCUGGUUGAUAUGGCCUCUCAGAUUGCUGCCGGCAUGGCCUACGUGGAGAGGAUGAAUUACGUCCACAGAGAUUUACGAGCCGCGAACAUCCUCGUUGGAGACAACCUGGUGUGUAAAGUGGCGGAUUUUGGUCUGGCGAGACUCAUCGAGGAUAACGAGUACACUGCCAGACAGGGUGCGAAGUUCCCCAUCAAAUGGACGGCUCCCGAAGCCGCACUGUAUGGACGCUUCACCAUCAAAUCAGACGUCUGGUCUUUCGGCAUUUUACUGACCGAGUUGGCCACCAAAGGACGAGUCCCGUAUCCAGGUAUGGUGAACAGGGAGGUGCUGGACCAGGUGGAGCGUGGGUAUCGGAUGCCGUGUCCGGCCGAAUGCCCCGCCUCCAUGCACGAGCUUAUGCUGAGCUGCUGGCGUAAGGAACCGGAGGAACGACCCACGUUCGAGUAUCUGCAGGGUUUCCUGGAGGACUACUUCACCUCCACUGAACCUCAGUACCAGCCUGGAGAAAACCUCUAGUGCUUCCUGCACUAGCUCAGAGAGAGUGGACUCUGCUGGUACGUCUCUCCUUACAGCUGUGUGUCUGAAAGGAGUGGAGUUUACAGCGCAGGUGACGCUCCACUGCUACCGAUACCAGGAAUGCAUGCUUAAUAAAAAGUCUUGAGCAAGUCUGUGGAUGAACGUUAACGCCACGAUGGUACGAACAAAUCCCUCUCUAGACUUCGCUAAAUCCCACUUUUAUCCAGCACGUUUUUUCCAUCCAGCAGAGUACUGCCGCGCCGCCCGGUGCCAACAAUCCUUUCUUCCUUCUUUUCAUCCAUUUUGUUUUCUUUCCUCAUCUUCAAGGCGAGAGCAGAAAGACAGAGCGUCAUUUAGCACAUUAUUAUCUGUUGGAUAUUUUAUGGUACUCUUUAAUCAAAGGGCUGCUGCUGAACUCAUCUUUAUAACGAGCGGAUUUUCAGACUGUAAGUCACUCAGACGUAUAAAACUCAUCCCUUUAAAUAAAACCUGUUUCAACGUCGCUUUACUGUAUUAGUUGCAUCAAUAACAUCGGCUCUUUUUAUUUAUUGGACACUUUACAGAAUAAAAUCAUGAAUAGACGUUCACCAUGUUCCUCUCUUUAAAGAGCUCCAAAAGUGGGUUCUCGUACAUCAAAGCGGUUUUUCAUCACUAAUUUAUUAAGUAGUGAACACAACACGAGUCCGGAUCACUGCAUGACUCCGCCCAAAAGAGCAGCGAGUUUGUGUUUAUAUGGUGACGAACUACAGAUUUACCAACACUACAGAAACUCAAACGCGAGUGUUAGCUACAGAAACUCAAACGCGAGUGUUAGCUACAGAAACUCAAACGCGAGUGUUAGCUACAGAAACUCAAACGCGAGUGUUAGCUACAGAAACUCAAACGCGAGUGUUAGCUACAGAAACUCAAACGCGAGUGUUAGCUACAGAAACUCAAACGCGAGUGUUAGCUACAAACAGAUAAAUAUGAUAAUCAGCUGCUGUGUGAACAAAAACAGGAUCCUGUACAAAUAAACAGCAGAAACAACAAGAUUGUUAGCUGUAAAGCUACUAAUAAGAUUAUUAAACAUACAAACACAAAACAAUCAUUAGCCAAGUACGGUGUCUGAGAAGUGCAGAACACAACAAAUCCAAAAACACGAGGACGAAUCAGACGGAGUGGAAAAGGUAGGUAUAGUGUGUGAAUGGAAUUCUUCCCUCUGAUUGGACGAGACAUCUGUCACUAAGGAUAUACAGGAAGUAGGAAAUUGUGUAUCUAACUUUAUUUCUUUUACAUGUGUGGAGUUCUGCCUUCACUUUAAACCAUUUUUUAUUUCCGAUAGUGUAAUUUUAAAUCUUUUAAACAUGAUGAUUUUUGGAUAUACUGAUAGUGUAGAUUAGUUUGUGAUCUCUAAAAACACACCAGGAAUGUGUGGAAGACCAAACUAUUCCAGAUUAAAGGAGGUAAGGAGCGCUAUAAGAGCAGAGCUGUGUUCAUACACACACCAAUCCACUUUCUACUGCUGCAGCUACUGCUGGACUUCCUGUAGGUCCUGAGUGACCCAUGUCUCGUCCAAUCAGAGGGAAGAAUUCUGUUCACACACUAUACCUACCUUUACUUGUGUUUUUGGAUUUGUUGUUGUGUUUCGCACUCCUCGGCUACCGUAGCUAAGAUUCGCGAAUUAUAGUUUUAUUGAUGGUUAGCUACAAUUUCGUGGUUCAGUUAUAAAAUUGAUACGAAACACAUUUCAGCUGAUGAAAGACUCCUGGUUGGUUGACCGUCUCUUUCUGAAGAACGUUGAUGUUUGCUCUGGUGUGAUGAACAGGAUUGUGGGAAAAUCCCAUCCAGUGUCACGCUGAGGGAAAGUCGAGCCGAGGUUUGGGUUUUAUUCGUAAUCACUCAGCUUUUAGUUCAGAGUUUAGACCAGCCCACUGAGUCACUUAUUUCAUUUGAUAUGAAAUAUAGGGAAUAUGGGAUGAACUAAUAUAAUGCAGUAAGACAUGUUUGUUCAAUUCGAAGACAUCUGUGCAAUUUGUUUUAUUUCAAAGUUUCAGUAAAUCAUUUGGAUAUAACAGCACGCAGUGUAGACUUUCUAGUUUUUUCGUUUUUUUUAUUUGUCUCUUGACGUCUCCCAGACCUAGCACCGGAUCGUGCGACUCGACAAGAACGCUAAUGGAACUCGAUGUUUACAUGAACUUGUGCCAUUGCAUUUUACUUGGGAAUCAUGAUUCGUUAAAGAGGAUUCGACUCUUUAAGUGAAUCACCUGCUCUUGUUUUUAUUUUCUUUUGUCUGAUUUAUCAGCCGGAACAGCGCCUGUAAAUAUCGUUCCAUAUGAAACCAUGUGAUACAACACCAUGAAAACUUUAUAAACCGGACGUUAAAAUCAAACAAUGACCAGUGAUCUCUGCAGUAUGAUUCGGAGUUGGUUCAGUGCCAUACAAUGUGAUUCAGUAUUGUGCAAACGGUUUGAAUGAGUUUUUACAAGUGAUGUGCCACACCCUCUUUGUAAUAGGAUGGACAGGUACAGAGGCCACACCCUGUUUCAGUAGCUCUUCUGUGUAUGUUAGCCACACCCCCUUCAGUAACUCUUGCCACGCCUCCACGCAGUGCCAAAGAACUGAAAAUGGUUUAAAAAUAGAAAGAAAGAAUAAACAUUUCUAACUGAUGGUCUCAUUAGGGACAGAAACACGACGAUGUCCGAGUUUACCACUACAGAGAUUUAUUAGAGUCUCCGUUCAUAAUUUACACUAAAUCUGCACAGCUCUGACCAAAACGAUCUGAUUCACAAGAGUGAGUCUUUACAGCUCUGAUGUUCUUCACCUGAUCAUCAGUCCAUCAGCCUCCUGUGAGUUCAGUAAUAUGCAGCAUUCAGAGCUCAUUAAUAUUCAUAUGAAUCAUUUUAAUUCAUUCAGGAAUCAUUUGCUAAUCAUUUUAUAAAGAACGACUCACUUUCACGUGAUUCGGAUCAGAUGGUCGGUUCAGGAGUAUUUACACGAGUUAGACUUUUGAAGUGUUUAAACUUGACGUCAGGAUGUUUACCGCUUCAGAGUGAACGAGUCUAUAGGCUCUGAGAGGAAACCAGCUCACUCCAGGAUCUUGUGGAACAUCCACAACGGAAGAUCAUCUCCUUUAUAGAGUUGAAUGUUCUGCAGGAUUAUUGAUCAGAAAUAACAGAUUAUUGAUCAGUUAAAGAACUGAAGCAGCGUCACACCAGAACACAAAGAUUUAAGAUUUAAACCAUUUUUAAGCUAAAAUUUUUUUCCCAAAUUUUCAGUGUUAAUUCUUAUUAAUAGUUAAAAUAUUUCUGUAAUAAAAUCUUUAAACAGGACAAUUUUACUACAAUUUGUCAUAAAGCAGGUUUAUAGUUUAAACAUGAAAAUUGAUAUUAUUGUUAAUUACAGUUACUUUAUCGUCAUGCUCGAUUUUUAUUUUUUCUUGUCUUCCUAUUUUUCUUUGCAAAAAUUUCAAAAGAUUUGAAGUAAAAAACGUUGAUCAUUGUUACAAUAUUAGCAGUGAAGGAUUAGCUUAAAUAAAAUCAUUCAGAAUUUUCUCAUCAUUUUAUUAUAGAAUCGUGUUUCACAGUUUACUGGAUAAUAAACUUAAAAUCAUUUUUUUUUAUGUUAAAUUUGUUUUCUGGUUAAUGAUGUUGAUGUUGGAUAUAAUACGGCGGCUCUGUUUCACCAAUUACAUACGCAUUUUUUUGAGGGGGGUGAGGAGGCGGAGUUUAUGGUUUGUAAUUUUUAACUGGAAAAAAAAAUUUCUGAAGGUCAAAAACGUCAUGAUGAUGCAGGAAAACAUUUCUGUGAAGCCUGACGCAUCACGAUGUUUAGGUUUCUGAAAAAUAAUGUAUUGAAUCUGUAAAAAAAUAAACACUGAAAACAUUCUGUAGAAAAGGUGAAGGAUUCAGUGCACAUUUUUGACUCCGCCCUUAAACCAGAUGAUGUGAUAAAUACAGAUGUAAAGGUGUUAAUAUAAAUGUCAGUCACUUCAGUGCAUUAGCUCAUCAAAUUACUCAAAUAACUCGAACAGAGUUAAUAUGAGGAGGAGGAGGAGGAAGAUUGUAAUUAUUACGAUGAGGAGGAGGGUGAUGAUGAUUGUAAUUAUGAUGAUGAUGAUGAUUAUUAUUAUUAUGAGAUGAUGAUGAGGUUUAUUAUGAUGAGGAUGAUGAUUUAUUAUUAUUAUUUUGAUGAUGAUGAUGAUGAUGAUGAUGAUGUUUUUCCCCUUGAGGAGAAGUCAGUGAUGUAGCUCCGAUUUUGUUUUUUGGUCCACUGUAUUAUUCUCAUUUUCCACAUUUUUGUUUUUAUUAAUCAGAUUAAUAGAAUUUGUAAUUUAUUAAAUUAUGCACCAAAAUGUUUCCCUCUCUUCCUGCUCCUGAGUUAAACUACUGACUGUCCUCCUGUGUGUGUGUGUGUGUGUGUGUGUGUGUGUGUGUGUGUGUGUGUGUGCGCGUCUUUAAAUAUAAACCCUGUUGCGUUGGUGUUGAAGCCAUAAACACUUGGUCUGCUGGUGUUUUGUAGAUAAAAAUGCUUUUUAAUCUGGAUUUCCGAGCGGUUCUGUAAAAGCUGUUCUGCGAGAGCGUCCGGAUCAGGAUCGGGUAUUUCCGUUUUGUUCCUGUUUCAUUGUGAGGAAGCAAAAAUGUUUUCUAUUUGGAAUCUAAAGGCUGGGAGUUUUGAUAUUUAAAAAGCUCUAGUUUUAGGAGUGUGCAUGUUCCUCUUCUCCACACCAGUCCUGUACACGUAUCCUGUAAAUACCAGUUCUGUAAAUCCCCCAGAAUCCAGUGAUGCAGUGUGAACUGGUUUCUGUACAAACCUUUUUUUGUGCUGUUCACCAGAGUGAGGAACUCUGAGAUGGUUUAACGUGUGAUUUCGUUCGGUCGGCCGAGUCAAAUGCAGAUAUUUAACAGGUUUUGGGUUUGUUUGUUUGUUUGUUUGUUUUUGAUGAUGAGUUCACUCCAGAUCACUUGCGAGUAAAAAAUAAAUAAAUAAACAUUUCUGCAGCCUAGAAAUUAGUUUCCACAGGUUCCAGCAAUUCUAGAUGUCAAGAUGAAGCAAGAAAAAAAUCGAAUUAAGCGAAUGUUAGUAAGGGGAGACGCUAACCAGCUAACACAGGUAGCAGGAAGGACGUGUUCUUUUCUAUAUUAAAUUAGGUUUAAAAAUGGUUUUCCUGGUGAAUUCUCAUAAUAAUAAUAAUAAUAAUAAUAAUAAUAAUAUCUUUAAUCUUCAUUUGUAGUAACUCCUUUUUACCCAGAUGAUUUUUUUUUUUCAUAUUUAUUUCAGAUUUAUUUCUUAAAACUUACCAAAAUUUACCAAAAUUAAUAAAAAGUGAUCGAUUAAAAAACAUUUUUAAAAAGUUUGUCCUUAUAAAAAUGAAUGCUUUAUUUUCCGAAUGAAAAAACUGACAUUGGAUUACUGAAAGAAAACAGAACUAAAAGAACAUUAUUAUUAUCAUUACUAUUAUUAUUAUCAUUACUAUUAUAAUUAUUAUCAUUAUUAUGUUUGUCCUUCACUAUAUUACUCUGGCAUGUCAUGAAUUUUCCCUAACCCUAGUCUUUUGUUAAACAGAAAAAGGUUAAAGUUCAAGCUAAAAAAAAAAAAAGUCACAUACUAACUCAAAAAAAGGUGUCAGUAAAUUGCGGAGUUCAACCCCGGAGAGGAGAAAAUAAAUAAAACCGUUCUUCUCUUCUUCUUUCAGUCUGAGGUUAGAGAUGAGCGCGCUGUUCAGAGAGCAGAUGUUUAGCAGGACGGUAAAUCUGAGUGUUUCUCGAAGCCUAUGCAGAUACACGACCAGGCCUGAGCUCUUUUUUUUAUAAUAAACCUGUAAAUCAAUUUAAAUAAAAAUUAAAGAGACAAAAAAAGGUUUUGUAAUUUAUUUAUUUUUUUGCGUGCAAACUGAUUAGUUUGAACUGGAUCCUGUUUCAGUGUGUGCUGUCAUUACCAGUAGAUGUGCAAUAAAUGAACUUAACACUGUUUUACAA